AUGCUCUCACAACGCCUCUACCGCCUCACACUACAAACCUUCGGUUCCAGAAUCACAGACUACAAAACUCGAGCCAUCAUGACUGAAGCCGGCAUGAGCGCUCUCGAACUCCGUGUCUCGGAGAAGAUGAACAGAGGCAGGAACAAGCCCGCCACUGACCUUCUCGGAUUGACCUCACCACUGAACAGCAUCGUGGAUCACAGCUUUUCCUCAUUUGAUGGUACUCGACCUCGGUUCCCGAAUGCGCUCUCUGACUGGAGCGCUACGCCUUUGAUGCUGAGGGAACGCAUUAUGAUUGCUUUCAUGACCCAGAUCACGGAUAAGCCGGAUUGGACGAGGAAGGUGUUUGAUAAUGAGAUUGUGGGCAAGUGGAGGAAGGAGGCGGUUGAGCAGUCGAAGGAGGAGGAGCCGGAGAAGCAGUUUAGUCAUAAGAUGUUUGCUUAUUGCAUCGAUGAGCUUCGCCACUACGCCGAGCAACAAGCAGAGCGGAACUUCAUCCCUGCUAUCGAUGCGGAUGCUAUAGUCUUCAAGUCUGACACGAUCAUCUCAGAUGAGCUCAAAGCGGACCUGACUGCUGCUGCUGCAUCGCUCGAGGACGUUCCAGAGAACCAGAAAGACUGGCAUCCAGACUCGGACGAGAAGGUCCUCGAUCUCGUGCACCCUUCUCUCUUCCCUCUUCUCUACGGACGAUCAAGGAUUCUGAGAAUCGAAGAUGGCAUCGUUCCGCUCGAGAACUCCGAAGCUUGGACAGGCAAAGGCGAGAUCAUGCCUAUCCCACCACCCGAAGACCUUAAAGUCGACUCUUUCGCUGGUCUGUCGAGCUGGGGCAGAUGGGGUGGUGGAGGUGACGACCCGCACUUCUACUCUGCAAAGUUCCAGUGGUUGCCGUGUGAGGUCGCAUUCAAGGACAAUGAUGCCGUGAAGAUCACAAGCUACAUCAACAACCUGCAGCCGAAGAAGCACAAGACGCUGUAUGAAGUGCUGGAACGUGUCAUUGCGAAGACGAUUCCUAUGUGGGAUGCCACUCUGAAUUCAACAGAACGCACCAACAUCGAACCACGAAUCGAUCUCACUGAUAUACCGUGGAUCGAGCCUGAAGGCGAACGCGAGAAGGACGAAGAUGAGGACGAGGAUGAAGAGUACGAACUUGACGAGGAGUGGCGAGACCAGCGUCGCAUCUUGAUCGUUCCCGAGCCUGAGAAGUACGCCACACGUCGCGACUACACCCAGCCGAGCCACCUCGUCACAUCCACUAUCAACCUUCGCAACGACUUCGCAACCCGCGGCCUCCAAGUCAUAGUCAAACUCGCGAACAUCCACCUCACCCCCUCUAAGCCCACUUACGACGGCGGUGCCUGGCACAUCGAAGGACAACUGAACGAACAUAUCUGUGCCUCCGCCUUGUACUACUACGACAGCGACAACAUCACAGACUCAUACCUUGCAUUCCGCGAAGCAACAAGCACAGAACAUCUCUCCGAAAAACCCUACGAACAAUCCGACUACGGCCACUUCGAGCGCCUCUACGGCAUCCAACAAGGCGGCGCCGCAGUCCAAGAACUCGGCAAAGUCCUCACCCGCGAAGGCCGCCUCCUAACCUUCCCCAACGUCCUCCAGCACCGCGUCUCCCCCUUCUCCCUCCAAGAUCCCACUCAACCAGGCCACCGCAAGAUCCUGGCCCUCUUCUUGGUAGAUCCUUACACCCGGAUCCCAUCGACUGCCAAUGUUCCACCGCAGCAGAAAGAUUGGUGGCGGGAUAUGGUCUUGGGGCUUGAUAGGGUUGGCGAUUUGCCGCCGGAGCUGGCGGAGAAUGUCAUGGAGAGUGCGGGAGAUUUCCCGAUUGAGUUGGAGGAGGCGAAGAAGUUGAGGUUGGAGUUGAUGGAUGAGCGGAGGUUGUUUGUGAAGGAUCAUGAGACGAGGUUGCAGCAGGAGGAUUUUAGUUUUUGUGAGCAUUGA